UGGGGCUAUUUCGAAGUAGUUCUAAGUCAAAAUCAAAAGACAACUCCCCAGCACUCAAGUCUAGUCGAUCAAAUUCGCUAACUUCAAUAACGAGUCAAUUAUCCAAUUUAAGCAUUAGUAAAUCUAUCACUGCGAAUAGCAAUACCAAUAUCACUAAUGGUAAUGAUACCAAACCUAAAUCUCCUGCACCCAUUGACUCUAAUUCAGAAAUUGAUUUAAUAUCUCAAAGAUUAAAGAAAAGAAUCAGUACUAUAGUAGAAACGAAUUCUGAAGCUCAACUGAUUCAUUCAAACGAGACAUUAUACACUAGUGACGAAAGUUAUUAUGAAGAAGAUGAAUUAUCAAAUGGUUCAGAUGAUAAUGAUAGUGAUGAAGAUGAUCAUGUGAACGUAGUUAGUCAUAGUCACUAUGAAAAGUCUCAUUCCAAGACCCAGAGACAUUCAACACUAAAUGCAUUAAUGAAUUAUUGUGGAAUAGACUACUUCGUUUCAAAUAAACAACAGUUAUCUGAACUCGCUAAUCAAGAAUCCAAAAGAACAUUUUCGUUGUUAGAUGAAUCUUGUAAAAUAUAUCCGAUUCAUGAUCGUCACCAAACCAUCAUUAAUGAACCUCAAGUAGAAUUAAUUGAUCGUAUUCGGUCCACAAUCCUUCAAUUAAAAUCUCAAUCCCUAUCUCACCAGUAUCAGAUCCUACUGACUCAUAAGACCCUCUAUUCCAGAUUUGGAGUAAUUAAGGAUAUCCUAGGUAAAGGUAGUUAUGGAAUCAUUAAGAUUAUAGAUCCUAAUCCCAAUAAUGUAUCAUUGUCAAACAAUGUACAGCAUAAGCUUUAUGCUGUAAAGCAAUUCCAACAUAAGAAAUCCCCCAAAGAAUCCUUUGAUCAAUAUGUAAAUAAGAUCCUAUCAGAAUUCAUCAUCUCAUGCAGUUUAAACUGUAAGCAUUUAGUUAAAUCCGUUGAUUUGAUGUUAACAGUACCUGAAUUAUCGCAUCGUCGUCAACAAUCUUCGGACCUGUUAACUUCAUUACCUUUAUCUCCUUCAGCAUCGCCAUCAAGAUCGUCAUCAUUGUCUCGAUCAUUAUCUCCAGACUCUGCCCUUCUUCGAGGCCCUUCACCUAUGACAACAAAUGAUGGGAUAAAUCUUAUCACUGAACAAUAUUACUUUAGUCAAGUAAUGGAAUGUAAUCGAGGGGGUGACCUCUUUGCAUAUUUGGCCAAUACUGAGGAAUACCCACAUUCAACAAUGUCGUUGUCUGAGAUAGACUGUUUCAUAAAGCAAAUUGCCAAAGGGCUACACUAUAUGCAUAGUCAUGGUGCAGCUCAUUGCGACCUCAAGCUUGAGAAUAUCUUGAUCAAUUAUAAACGAACAAAAUCAUCAGAUGGCCCUAAUAAAGCCAAGUUAAUAUUGAAAAUUAGUGAUUUUGGUAGAAGCUAUGUGUUUAAAACUAAAUGGGAAAAGAGUGAAGAACUUGUUAGUAAAUCAAAAGGACCAAUUGGUUCAUUACCUUAUAUAUCACCUGAAGAGUAUGAUAUGUCAAAAUCAAAGGAAAUGGCCCUAAGCAAAAAGGAUUGUUGGGCAUUUGGAAUUCUCUGUUUGAUUUUGUUUAAUAUUAGAAAGUCUUAUUAUGACGGAGAUGGCUUUUUUCCUCAUAUUAAUGAUGAUGAAAGCAACUAUAAGUCUAACAUUGACAAUAAUCCUAGAAAUAGUGAUGAUGAUACGAGUGACUCCAAUGACGACGAUUCAACAGAUUUGAUUGGAAAUUCGCCACGGACUGUUUUCCUCUGGGAGACAACAGAAUUAAAACAUCAUCAUCGUUACUCUCGUAAGGGCCAAAUUUAUAAGGACAAGAACUUCGAAGACUAUGUAAAUCAUAGAAUGAUUGCUUCAUAUAGUGAUCAAACAAAAGAAUGGAUCAUACAAUCUGAGGGCACACAUAAAGCUAUAGAGAAUCUUUUUACUCCAUCACAAUCACUUCAUAAUGAUAUUGAUGAUAAUGAUCUUAACCAAAUUAGAAAGAUGAUAAUUUAUAAACUUCUUGACAUUGACCCUGACACACGCAUGAACAUGAGCCAUUUCUUAAAGAGUGAUUGGAUGGAUUCAGUUGACAACUGUAUAGAAUAUUCCGAAUAACAUCGUUAAGCUAUAUAUAGAUUAAUAGAAGCAUACAUCGAUAUAAGUAAAUCAUAUUCUAGAAAGAUGACGAUGAAUGGUUAUCUAUAUUUAAACUGGACAGUGUAAUACAUUAAUUAUGUUUAGAGCAUAACUAAUACACUACAUUCCGAUAUCUCAAACAUUACCC